AUGUGCGCUCAGCCGCCGAUCCUCCCUCAGAGCCUCCCGCCGCCUCCGCCACACUUCGGGCAGCUUCGCGGCCCAAAGCAAAGUCGCCGCGCGACAUGCCCAGCUCUGACACAGCGGGAAGAGACAAUGUACGAGCCUUGUGUGGGUCAAGGUCACCCCUCUCCACCCUCCGCUGGCUGCCAUCCGAUGGAGAGAUCCCUCCCUAAGGGAAGCAUCUAUGAUCAGCCGAUGCAGUACAUGAUCGUUCUGCCGGAAUCACAAACCUCGCAUGGACGAAGUUCAAGCAAGAGGUCACAGAUCCGGCUGGGACAAAGCGGCGCGCCCCAAGGGAGUUUGGAGCCGCAGGGCAGAAGACACCUGCAGAGCAUGGAAGAAAAGUCCGAUGACGGCUGGGGCCUGGCCUCCCAGCGGAGCGAGGCUCGCAGUCACGGCGCACGUCAAGGCGCAGCAGCGGAACGACGCAUAGAGAACUAUGAUGCCGGAUGCUUGGGACGCCGACCGAGCAUCGUGGAGGAGACGCGGUUGCAGCAACGGCAAUGGCACCAGCAGCUUCGGAAAGCACGCCUGCUGGAAAAAUCCGAGAGCCAACUUCAGCGACAAGAGGAGCGUUCUCGUGCUGACCAGUGGAGUGAGCGGAAGCUUCAGGAGGAGCAGCUGAGAUCGAAAGAGUGCCAAAUUCAAGAAGUCCACCAAAAGCUGCGCAGACCAGCUCGGGAUGCAGAAGAAAAGGCAGCGGCAGAAGUGACCGGCAGCAAGGACCUGGUGCAGGUGACCUCUUCCAUCGUGGAGCCUCCCAGCACAAAAUCCGACGUGCAAUUUGCGAGCGGAACUCAGGAAAACUCGCGAAAUCGUGCAGAUCGGCGAGCUGGCCGCCAAACCUUGCAUAGCUGCCGAAUCCUGGGUGUGUCGCCAGAUGAUGGCCCGGAUUUGAUUCAGCAGCAGUACCGGCGUGGCGCUCUAAAACGCCAUCCGGACAAAGGUGGAAGCCACGACCAGUUCACACAGCUGCAAGCCGCCCGAGAUUACAUGGAGGCACGGCAAUCUGCACACGGCGACGACAUGGGCGGAGCGAGGAGACUGCAGGGAGAUCAGCGUGGUGCCCUGGGGCGUUUAAGACCUCCUGCCGAGGCCCAGCAGCCGGCGCCAGAGUCAGUCAAGGAGAUGGCUGCUAUCAGCUUGUGUGCAUCGCCACCGCCUAGCACAAGCAGUGCCCGCUCGCUACAACUGGGCGCCAGGUCCUCGUGCGCCAGCAGCGAGCUGGUGCCAUCGGCUCCGGUACAGCAGCUCAUGGUCAGACAAGAGCGAACGAUCAACUUGAACCCCGACCCGCCGCCAUACCCGAUCAAUGCAGCAUGCUCGAGCUUGAUGCAAGCAGCCCCGGCAACGACUCAAAAGGAAAGCGAGGCGAGCGAGAUGAUGCUGGAUUUGACAGGAGAGGUGCCGGUGCACAUCCCUUUCAGUCAGCCUCGCGGGCACCGGAAUGCCGUCCCCGAUGCGCCGCCCCCGCCCCGGGCACCUUCAGAACCAGCUUCUGAAAGUUGGGAUCCUGAGUCAGAGGACAUCUCCGACUCCAUGGAAGAUGUUCGAGCAGCCGCCAGCUCUCCGCAGGUGAACCACAGUCUGCGGCGUGGAGUGUCAUCGGCCUCGCAGAAGGCCGAAAGCUCGGUGGCUUUGCCGCCUGCGCCGGAGGCAGCUUCCCCUGCUGUUGAUCCUGGAGAGCAUCCACAUCGGCAUCGAACUUCCUCCAGAGCGAGUCAGGCGUCGUCGAGUGAGGAGGCAGGCCAUGGACCCCAGCGACGAUCUCCUGGCUGGCACACCAUUGAUAGCUGCGAGGUGCUGGGAGUAACACCAGACGAUGGCUAUGAAUCGAUACAGAAGCAGUACCGGCAGAAAGCUCUUCGACACCACCCGGACAAGGGCGGCCGUGCUUCUCUCUUCCGGCAGCUGCACGAUGCUCGAGAUUAUCUUUCUUCCAAACAGCCGGCACGGUGGCAACGGCCAGCCCACUCGGAGAGCAGGCCCCAUCAGCCACCAGCCACUAGCCGGGCGCGCAAGCCCGCCUCUCAAGCUGUGCCAGAGGUGCAAGAACCCCUCUGCUCAUCUGUGCGAGAGAAGGCGCCCAGCGACUACAGCAGCUUCGAUACCGUCGAGAUCAAGUCCCGCCGAUGGCAGCGGAUGACGGGAUCAACGGUAUGCCCGCAAUCUCCGCGGAAUACGAGCUCUUCGCUGUCCGAUGAUGGCACGUUGGGACACCCCUCACCUGUUUCGGGACAUGUGCAGCAGGCCCUCCUUCCUGUGCCUGGGUACUAUGACGACGAUGGAGGCUCUCCUCGAGGCCCAGCGGCACAGGCUCCGGUUCGAGCUACUCCGAGGCAAGGAGGUCACAGCGUUCACUGGGAAGGCAGCUUCUCUCCGCAGGCCCGUGCACCCGAGGCGUGGUCAGAUCGAAGCGGCGCAUGCAGCCGACAAGCCCUGGAGUCGAGUGUGCAAGCUCACUUGAGAACCAUGGAUGCACACUGUGCUGCCCUGACAGACACAUACCAUCGCCUGGCGAGCCUGCAUGGAGAGCUUGGCCAAGUGUUUGUGGACCUGCAGCACGCCUGGGCACCUUUGCAUGACGAGGCGGCUCCAGCCUAG